AGCCUUCUCAGAAAUGGUUUGACGUCCUCGUGAUUACGACCAUCGCUGACGAAAUGCACUGAGACGAUCUUCGCAUGCUGUUGAACGUGGUUUUCCGAUGUUGAUCGGAAGAAAGUUCUCUUGUGCACCGCCUGUCCCUGCACGUGUCAGGGUUGGAGUGUGAUAGUUUCAAGAGAGGCGUCGGGGCCUCUAAAACUUGUUUCAUGGUGUUCAGGGAUUGAUUGGAUCUUGAUGAAUUCCUCGAUCCAUUUUACCCAAAUCAUAUAACCAGCUAUGUCGCAAUCUGCUGGAGCAACCAAUGGCGCUAGUCUGGAGGAUUGCCACACGAAUUUCUUCGCCCUCACGGAUUUGUGUGGCAUCAAGUGGGGUCGAUAUUCAUCGAAAGAUGCCCGGUCAGGCCUUGAUUGGCAUGCAGAUGCUAUCCUCAACGCGUAUGCUAAAUGCCUGGAAACGGACAUCCUGUGCGUCUGGAGGCGCGCUCCGGGAUGUCCGCGGAGUCCCAGCCCCCCCCUGGUUGAGCAAAAGAAAGAGCUUUGGCUAUUUUGGUAUGGCGAACAAACGGACAUCGUUGGAAUUGUUGGCAAAGACCUGAUAGACGAGGAGCAGGGCUCGUGGGAAAACGGCUUGACGUAUGAAUGUCGCUCAUUGAUGUUCAAGGCGUUGCAUAAUCGCAUAGAAAGGCUUCUUCUGUCUCGUGGAUUUGUGCGUCUUGCGAAGUGGUUGGUACAGCCUAUGGACGAGGACCAGUAUCCACCCCAGUCUACCGGCUUCCACCUUCCGAUUGCUUUCUCCUUUUUCGUCCAUGGAGAAAGCACAGUCUGUGCAAGUUUGGAUGUGCGUAGGCAUCCUCCAGUUUUCUGGUUGAACCGCAGACACUUGGAGACUGCGGGUUGUUCCUCGAAUGGCGUGCCUGUGAUUCUGGCUCCAUUUGGAUUAGCAGGCACCUUAGAGAAUGCCAUUUUACCGGAAGAAGAACGUGACAGUCAAAAGCUGUGGGAUGAAUGGAAUCGUUACUAUCCCUUGGAAGCUUUGACUUCGCAUAGAUGCUGCACACUACCCGGAUCAUCUGGCUGUUCAUGCUUCAGUGGAUCAUGCGCGAAUUGCAUGUGUUGUGGGGAUAAGUGGUCAAGAGAUAGCACAGGAUCCUCGUCGAAUUCGAAAGACGAGUUGAUCGCAGUGUGCGUGUGUUCCAAAGAGCAGCAGAAGAAAACUGGCGUUCCACUGAUGGUGCCGGUCGUUGUUGGUGGUGUGCGAAUGUUGUACCCGGCAGUUUACGUUUUGGUUGUGGAGGAUGAGAGCAGCGGUUGUGAUGUGGGACGGUUGGAAUGGAAGCGUCCGCGACACCGAAAAUUGCCAAUUCUGCAGCACCACCCCCUGAAAAGGCGUACCCAGUUGCAACCUGUUCCAAUCCGAACAGCAAAGCAUUGGCCUCGUUUCUCCAACAUGGCUCCUCUUGAGAGCAUUGCCAUGACUGACGCAUCAUUGAUGAAAGGCCUGAUGUUUCCUGCAUCCGAUAUUCCCCCCGCAUUAUGCGAAGUUCCAAAGGAUGAGGUGGGACUAUGGGAUUUCACCGACACAUUAAUCACCAAUAAAUCGCUGUGUUCCUGUGGCCCGGUCAAGAGUGACCCUGACAAGCGGCGAUGGAAAUCGGUAAAGCCAUUCCAUCGAAGGUCUCCCCGAAGUGAUAAGGUUUCUAACUUGAUGAACAUGAUGGAGAGUCAUGCGAGGAGGCAAAAGACGCUGAAAGCUGUGAAUUCGUUAGAGUCAGUGAAACCGGGGGUGCAAAUGCAAGCCAUGUCUCCGGUGUAUUCUCUUGACUCUGUACCCGAUCCUGCGGCAGCGGGCGUUACAAUGGCCAGCAAUUUGUGUUUCAAUCCGCAGAUGCCCCAGGGGGUUUGUGAGGCUGAUAAUUUCAAGAUGAAAUUUGAAAAUGUUGCUGUGGAUUCCAAUGAAAGUCAGGAUCUGAUCAAUUCUCAGCCAUUCCAAACAAGUAAUGUGAAAGAAGAAAGAGCAGAAUCGUGGCGACCGGGAGGUUCAAAAUCUGAAGACUCUGAGGCCCGACCAAUCCUUCUACCGCGGUUGGAAAUGUCUGAUCACGAAAAGCUUGCUAUCGUAGAGCGACAGCAGUCUACAUUUCAAGCCAGCUUAUACGACUUCACUUCCAUUUCUGCUUGGGUCAGCAUGCCCGUGUCAGACGGAGUCGCGAAGUUAUCGUUGUUGGACGAUUUGUUUGAUUGCAAGCCAGUAUUGGAAUGCGUUGAUUCGGGAUGGCAGCAGCAAGAAAUGCUUUUGUUGAACGAGGCUGUGUCAAAACUCCAGUCGGAUCCAUAUGAAUUUGACGAGCAGCGUACUGGAUCAUGUCAAUUGCAGAACAAGCCACCGACAGAUGAAGAAGUCGUCGUGAAAAUAGAACCUGGGACUCAGCCGUCGGAAAACAAACAAAACAACCUUAAAUCCACUCCGUUUUCAAUGUAUUCAGACAAAGAUCUUGUUCCUACGCUCGACGACUUGGACCAGUUGUUCGCUGAGGAAGAUCGUGAAGAUGAUAUGCAUGAUGCAACCGUUGUCGAUGUACCUACACCGCCUGGUUCCAACAAGCCUGAAGAGGAAGGAAAGCUGGUACCGAACAGACCUAUCCUGACGAACGUACCUGCAAACAAUCCCACCCCUCCUUCAGGACACAUUUUCAGUUCCUGCAAUCAUGCGGAACUAUGCAGCAUGUUUCCGACUCCGCCGUCGCACGAACCGUUGCAGCCGAUGCAGUCUCCAUGUCCGGAAUCUACCGUCGGGCUGUACGGAAUUCCCUCACUCGAGUGCGAUCUGAAUUUGGUUAAAACUGAGCACGAGGAGGACAGCUUUAUGGAUACUUCCGAGUCUCAUUUGUCUCCGUUGCAAAGUUCGGCGCCAGCAGCUGUGAAUAAUCCGUUCAGCCAAUUCAUUUCUGAUCUGAGCCCGGUAUUCGAGCCGAGCGCUGCAGAUUCCUUUUCUGGGUCUUCCAAAUACACCGCGUUGUCGCUGAUGCCGAGUCAAGCAAACCCAUUGCCGGAUUUUUUGAAAGAUCUGGUCUACACCCCUGCUGGCAAUCAACCGCCUGAAGUAUCAUCCUUUGCGGAUUCAGACGCCACAUCCGAUGUACAGCCAAGUCCGCAAGUGGCAGUAGAACAAUCGCCUGGCCAAGAAUUGGUUUGCGCCGAGCCGUCUACCUCUUGUAUCCCUGUGGCUGGAAAUGCUCUUCUUGCGAAUUUGAUUCUUACCGAUUCCUGCCUGAAUGUGUUCAGCGACCACAAUUUUGAAUCUUGUAGUCUUUGUGUAUGUUCGGAGGCGCCGGACACUGUGGGAAACAUCAAAGGCCUGGAUGGUAAUAUGUAUUUGUCAGACCGCGCUCUGCGACAUCUUCAGCAAGAUUUUGAUUCCCUGGAGGCCUCACGUUGCUCUUGCGGAUUUAGUGCUGUGGUUAAUCGGCGAAAGGCUUACCGAACCGGACUUUUUUAUGAAGACGAAGCAGAGAUCACUGGGAUCCGAAGUGAUUGUCCUCUGGGCAGUCCGUCUCUUUCAGAAUGGCUGGGAGACGAGAAGAGAGUAUUGGACGAAGUGCCGGAACCAUUGCUGAGGAUCUUACGCGCGCACAGUCUGAGUCUUGGGUGCUAUUCUGUUAGCUUAUUUGCCAAAGUGGGGCUGUUACAUCGGGAAGUGAACGGCGCGGGUCGAAAGACGGUUAAUCUUUUAGAAUACUUGGAUCAUGCCGACGUUGCAAACUCAGCAUUGGACGAAACCUUAGCGUGUCGACGGGAUCCUUUCUCGCGACUCAUGGAUAUUUCCGAUGAAAUCAACAUGAGGCGCAGUGGACUUCAUUCAUGGCCUUUUGUGUUCCCAAAAGCACGGACGACAUCCCAGGAGGUAAUGAGAGCAAUGCGGGUCCUGCAGCCGCUACUGCAAGAAGCAAUUCAGAAAAAGAAGAACGUUGGUGCGCGUGAUACCACAUAUCAGGUCUCCGGUCCGCUCACCUGGCGGCAGUUCCAUCGCAUGGCUGGUCGAGGAACAGAGGAUCAAUGUGAACCUCAACCCAUUCCAUAUCUGGUUGUUGGACACGAGAAAGACUGGUUGACAUUAUCUCCACUGUCGAUUGGGUGUUGGGAGAACCUUGUGUUGGAACCUUUCGGCAGGCCGAGGGAUGUUGCAUACAUCGUUGUCACUCCAGAUGAAGAUUUUGUUGUCUCACGAGUUCUGCAGUUUUUCAAGGAACUGUCCUGCACGUACAAGAUGUGCAAGUUGGGAAGACACAGUCCUAUCACGAGAAACGUACGUGACGGAGUUAUCCGCGUUGGGAAAAAGGAAGCCGUGAAGCCGCUCAAUGAUUCGCUCGACGAUUGGUUUAACGCGCUCGGCGACACCGCCCUGGCAGCAAAUCUCCGCCUCUACGCACAAGUGUGCCGCAACUUCAUCGGGCCCUAUUUGGCACAACAGAGCUUUGAUUCCUCAUUACUGGAUGUGGGAAACGAAUGUCAGAAAGGAAAUUACGAAAAUAUGCAGCUUGGUCCGCAAUCCACAUCACCUGUGUCGAUGCCUCCGCCGCCGACACCGGAAUCGUCUGACGCGAUGCCACCCACACCAAGAUCUUGUGGAGAAGAAGAAAGAGAAGAAAAAGUGACACCUGGUGGCUUCAGUUUACCUGGCGUUGAAACCGAGGAAGACGAAGAUCAACCACCCGCGUUGGUCAUCUACCUUAUUGAUCCAUUCACAUACGCUUGUCAAGAGCCGGAGCUGUAUAAACUCAUAUCCCUUGGGCUAUUGCGAUGCUUCCACAUGAUUCAAUCGGCAUUGGCUGAAGCGAAGCAUGAUAUGCGCGAGAAUAUCUUCUUACAAGUGGUUCCCCUUGAGACGAUUGUGCUCAUGAUGGACCACGGCAUCGGUGGUUUCCAAGAAGAGGACGGAGGGUUGCCGACGCUGUCACCGUCCUGGGUGCGUGCCGCGUCUGCCUUACCGAACUUCAAGAGCUUGGCGUUCAGCGUAUUCUCGCAGUGUCGGAUGAUGUUGAAUCACACGCAGACUGUGAAAAGCUUGACUGGAUUUGGACCAGCUGCCUCAGCGGACACAUUUCUGAAAGCUGUUACGAAGGAGGUGGGAAAAAUGGUUUCACCAUACCCGAUGUUGAAUCCGUCAUACGUAUUGGCGGCCGUGAAGGACAAGCAAUGGCAGACGGCGGAGUCGGUUAUGUCUAGCUGUGGUGGAAAGAAUGAUAUGAUGAAUUCGGUGCUUUAUGUGACGUAUUGCCUGUCAGAAGACCAACGUUGGCUCCUUGCUUGCGCCACUGACGAGAAGGGCGAGCUGCUGGAGUCAGAAGUUAUCAACAUUCACGUACCAAAUCGAGCUAACCGACGUCAUUUUGUCGCACGUCGCAUCGGCCUAGAGAAACUCAUGGGUUUCGCGCUAGGGAUCAUCUCUGCGUCAGUUUGCACCUGGCGGCUGGUGUUCGGGCGGUUAGGGCGCAUCGGACACUCCGAACUAAAGUCAUGGGCGUCCCUACUGUCGAAGAAGGCGCUAGUGCGGUGGCGUAAAAGGCUCCGUGAGUUGUGUGCGCAGUGCGCGUGCCUAUCAACAGAGGCUCCCGGGAUCGCGUCCGCUUGUCUAGUGUCGCUGGAGCCGGAUGCUGUGAAUCGUGUUUUGCCGGACCAGUUCACCCCCGAUGAGCGAUUUGGCCAAGGGUCUGGUGGGAAUCACCUUUCGACGCCGCAGGAUGUGUCUUGCACGCAUAUGCUUGUCUUCCCAACGUCAGCUAUGACCAGGUCCUCGCAAGUUACCUUCCACGAUCAGCACAUCAACCCGAUGGAGGAAGAUUUCGGCGACGAUGAUUUCUUCAACCAAUUGAAUCAGGAAGAGUUCGGUGACAUCGCAAAUUUUUUCGAUUGGGACAACGAUAAUCAAGGUGUUGGAGACAUGUUGACCAGCGGCACCGGACCUGGCUCUCCUUCGGGAUCUCCAAAACUAUCGUUUUCGUCAAACGAUGUUGACGAUGGACAAUUCUCGGUCGGAUUCGGGCUUGGUGGGGGUGGUCCAGCGGAAAACAGACAAGGAGCCGAGGAUAUAAUGCAAAAGAAUGCUCCAACGCACUCGCUGAUGGCAGAGCCUGGAGAGGAACUCGGCUCAGUAUUACAACAGCCUUUGGCGCUCGGUUACCUGGUCUCAACUGCCCCGGCUGGACCCCUUCCCAGUUGGUUUUGGUCUCAGUGCCCUCACCUUGAGGAUCAAACCCCUACGUUCUUAACUGCCGCGUUGCAUUUACACUCGUACGUGGACCCGAAUGCUAACAGUGGACAGCAAACGGAUGAUUUCUUGCUAGCCCAAGCGCCUCAGGGUAGUACACAAUCAUCACGCCAGCAUCCCCUCGAUUCGGACAAAACAACCGAUGUGCUUAGAUACGUAUUGGAAGGUUACAACGCGCUAUCGUGGCUGUCCCUCGAUCCGGCCAGGAGCGACCGGCGGUCGUGCUUACCGAUUCACAUGCAAGUUCUUGCGAACAUGUACAACAUAAUGGCGGCUUUAGGUUGAUUCCACGAUUAGGCUCGGAAGAAUACGUCCGGAAUGCUCUUGUCCACACCCCUUGGAAGUUAUUUUUAUGAAAAGGUUUUUUGAGUUUUCUAAAAAAAAAAUCUAUAAAAUGGCAAUGGUGGGUGUGAAGCCGUGUAUUUAUUGGGUCUUGGCCCCCAUGCCGCAAUCUCAAAGAUAUUUAUUAUUUAGUGAAAAAGAAGGGGGUUAUAUUUUUUGAAGAAGAAAAUUGUCGACAGAAGGAAGCCCCUGGAUCUGUGAAUGUGCGAAUUUGUGGUUUGAAUUGUCACGUUCGGUGAUGAGCGACUUGCUCUGUUUCCCCGUGCAUUUGCCUCUUGUCUUGUUCUGGGAUGUGAUGCAAAAACUCUCUCUUUUAUCGCUUUGUGCUGGAUGGUUCUCCACAGAUUCCUAUCUCCUACUUUCGUAUUUCUUGACACUUUUUACCUUCAUAUCCGAUCGACUUGUAUCCCUUGUUUGUACCCGCUUGCGGAAUGACCAAUUAGGCUGGCGAGUGCGUAAUGACGGGUAAAUCCUUGUACUGCAGCUCUGGUUUGUUAUAACCUUCACUGGAAGAAAGUACAGUACGAUUAACAGGACA